AUGCAGGGGAUGUUCAGCCGGACCUUCUUCGUCUCGCUGGCGGACGGACGCGAGGUGGUCGUCCAGUUCAGAACCGAGAAGCUGGAUCUGAACGCCUUCAAGGUCGCCAAGGGCGCUCUGGGCCAAUUCGUCCCCGACGCUGUGGCUCUCGAGGACGAAGAGCUGGAGAACGAGGGCGUCUGGGCUUAUUCCCUUGAGCGUCUGCCGGGAAAGCUCUGGGUCCACGGCGUCGCCGGCAAGGGCGCUGACGGCCGCAUUGCCAUCAACAAGUCGCUCGGACGGGUACUUUCCAAGGGCUGGCGCGCCGACAGCAGCGGCGAGGCUGUGUCAACCAACAUCCGGCCGCAUCUCGAGGCCAUACUGGCCAGUCCGCUGGACGAAGUUGCAACAUACCGACCCUUGCUGCAAGGGUUCCUCGGCAAGCUCGACGGGAUCAGCAAGCUGCCGCUCUGGGUCUCGCACUACGACCUCAACGACGUCAACGUCCUUAUCGACGAAUCCUGUGAAGUUACCGGCUUGAUCGACUGGGAGCUGUCAGUACCAAAACCGUUUGCUGUGGGUCUCGGCCGCAUCCACACCCUGGCGGGCGAGUUCACGGGCGGCGAGUUCUGGAUGCCGGACGAGUUCGAGGUUGCUGAGCGAGCCUUUUGGAAGGAGCUGUUUGCUGGAAUGUCACCGAAGACGCGUGAGAUGUUGGAGGAUAAUCUCGAUCUUGUCCAGGACGCCGUUAUCCUUGGCACGCUCUUGGACACCUUUUUCUGGGAAAAUGGCAAAGUAGGCUGUGGCGAAGUGUCGAUGAAGGCACUUCCGAAAUUCCUUACCUAUCGGAUUCCGCAGGUGAGGGGAGAUGAGCCCCCCUAUAAGAUGUAG